CCCACUACCUGUCGGGUCUGACCGGACACGAUCCAUAUAUGAGCAAAUUGGAGUGGCAGAGGCAAAUUGCAUCGACCCUAAUACCAGGCUAUGCCGGGCGUCCAACAGACGAAAAUGCCAUCUUAACAAACUCAGUGAAAAGUCAGAAAGAGGCAAAUUACAAACGGCAACAAACGUGUCCAAAAAUUAUCUUCAAAGCAACGCAAAGCAAAGUACCAAACUCCUCUCUCUCUCUCCAAUUCCAUUCAUGAAUUAUUUGAAAAUGUCAUCUCCCUUAUCCUCAGCCCGUGCCACCACGCUCAAGAUGGAACGUCCAGCCAACGCGCGCACCUCCUCCUUUUUCUUUCUCAAUGAGCCCGAACCACAGUAAUUCACAGCCGUAGCAGCGAAACCAACAUGGGUUUUUGUUGUUGGGCACUUCUUGUCGUUGUUUUCCAACAAUUAUUUGUUUUGACUUGUGGUCUUUUGUGGAUGUAUGGUGAGUCAACCAACUACGUUUCCGCCGUAGGGGACCCUGGAAUGAAAAACCCAAAUGUCAGAGUUGCUUUGGAAGCUUGGAAUUUCUGCAACGAAGUUGGCUUUGAAGUUCCCGACAUGGGCAGCCCCCGAUGGGCCGACUGUGCAGAUCUUUCCUGUUCUUCCAAUACUGUUCAUCUGGGUGAUGGCCUUGUUAAUAAUGGCAGUCAAUGCAUAGUACUUCACAAAGUGAAUGAUACUGACAACAGCUUAGGAGCUGGUGAUAAGUUUCCUGAUAUGGAUUUUGAGUCUUACGAAGACCCUGACCUAUUCGCAAAGGAGAAAGAACUGUAUCUUGGCUCUUUAUGUGAGGUGCCAGAAUCGCCAAAUCCCUGGCAAUUUUGGAUGAUCAUGGUUAAAAAUGGGAACUUUGACAAAAAUACUACCCUUUGUCCUGAGAAUGGACAACAUGUAAGUGAAGUAGUCACAGACAGAAAAUUUCCCUGUUUUGGUGGGGGGUGUAUGAAUCAGCCACUUGUUUACCAUAAGUACUCAAUAUUAGAUUCCUUUGGCGACCAGAAGCUUUAUUUAACUGGAGAAUUUAAUGGAACAUAUGACCUUGAUGCCAACUUGAGUGAAGGUGUAGGAAACAACUCCUUCUUUUCAGUCUCAUGGAAGAAGAAUAUAAGCACAGGGAGUUGGAUUUUUUCUCACAGGUUAACAACAUCAACUAAAUAUCCCUGGCUUAUGUUAUACCUACGUGCGGAUGCAACAGAAGGGUUUAAUGGUGGUUAUCACUAUAAUGGACGUGGCAUGUUGAAAAAGUCGCCAGAAUCUCCAAAUUUUGUAGUAAGGUUGACACUUGAUAUAAAACUUGGAGGAGGACCCAACAGUCAAUUUUAUCUACUUGACAUAGGAAGCUGUUGGAAAAACAAUGGAGAACCAUGUGAUGGUGAUGUUCUCACAGAUGUGACUAGAUACAGUGAGAUGAUAAUUAAUCCAGAAAUGACAAACUGGUGCCGCCCAGAUAACUUGGUCUCUUGCCCACCUUACCAUGUUAGUCCUAUCGGUGAGAUAAUAUAUAGAAAUGAGACAGCUCGGUUUCCAUAUUCUGCAUAUCAUCUCUAUUGCAGUCCAGGAAAUGCCAAAUAUCUGGAGGAACCAUAUGAUAUCUGUGAUCCAUAUAGCAAUCCACAAUCACAAGAGUUGGUACAAAUUCUUCCACAUCCUGAAUGGGCUGUAAAUGGCUAUCCUGAAAAGAAAGGAGAUGGCUGGAUUGGAGACGCAAGAACUUGGGAGCUUGAUGUGGGUGCUCUCUCAAGCCGUUUAUACUUCUACCAGGAUCCUGGAACAAAACCUGCAAGGCGCAUCUGGUCUUCAAUCAAUGUUGGUACUGAAAUAUAUGUGAGCCGCACAAGAGAGACCGCAGAAUGGAUUGUAAGUGAUUUUGAUGUGCUUGUUCCAGAAGGUGAUAGCUCCUACUAACUUUUAAGCAUUUCUAGAAGUG